AUGAUAUUACAUCAAGAAGGACUUUUUUUGAACAUGUGGAAGAUUGGUUAGAAGUAAAACUUAAGUUAAUCAAAGUUAAUAAAAGAUAACUUGAUACAAAUUUAGUUACAAUCUUUUUAGUUGGUAAUAAAUCAGAUCUUGAUGACAAGAGAUAAAUAUCUAAAGAUUAAGGAUAAGUAUUAGCCAAUAAAUAUAAUCUUAUAUUUUUGA